AUGGCAGCAACAACCUUUGAAGCCGACGAGGCCACCCUGCGCGCCUCGCGCCGCGAGAAGUACCACGAAGCCGACGCAGUCGUUGUCGGAGGCGGCGUCUUCGGAUGUGCGGCCGCCUAUGCCCUUGCAAACCAGGGCCGCAGCGUGAUCCUCCUCGAGCGGUGGAUGCACGAGCCGGACCGGAUAGUGGGCGAGCUGCUGCAGCCCGGCGGGUGCGCUGCGCUGCGUCAGCUGGGGCUGGGCCACUGCCUCGAGGGCAUAGACGCCGUGCCCUGCUACGGCUACCACAUCCUGUUCCACGGGGACGAGGUGAACUUCCCAUAUCCAUACACCAACGAGAAGGGGGAGGUCGUGCUGCAGGCACAGCAGCAGGCCGGCGACGAGUACAAGCGUCCAGAGGGGCGGGGAUUCCACCACGGCCGGUUUAUCAUGCAGCUGAGACGGAGCUGUAUGGCACACCCUAACAUAUCUGUCUUCGAGACGGACGUGACGGACACCAUUGUCGGUGAGAACGGGCCUGAGGUGCUGGGCGUGCAGACCAGGACCACGGACCCGGAGACAGGCGAGAAGAAGCCUGACUGCUUCUUCGGCAAGCUGACCAUCAUCGCGGACGGCUACGCCAGCAAGUUCCGCAAGCAAUUCCUCGGAGCGCAGCCCGUGGUGAAGAGCCGCUUCUACGCGCUCGAGCUGAUUGACUGCCCUAUCCAGCCAUCAGGCUACGGGCAUGUCAACAUCGGCAAGGCAAGCCCGGUGCUGAUGUACGCGAUCGGGAGCCACGAGACGCGCGCGCUGAUCGACGUCCCGCUGGACCACCCGGACGCGGCGCCAGAGAAGGGCGGCGUCCGUGGCUACAUCAAGAACGUGGUCCUACCUGUCCUGCCGCGGGAGGUCGUCCCUUGCUUCGAGGCCGCUCUGGCCGACGGCAAAAUCCCAAAGAGCAUGCCCAACAGCUGGCUGCCGCCGAGCCAGCAGCCAUCCAACCCGGGCGUGCUGGUCCUGGGUGACGCCAUGAACAUGCGCCACCCGCUCACCGGCGGCGGCAUGACCGUCGCCUUCCACGACGUCGUCGUCCUGUCCCGCCUGCUCGAGACCGUUCCCGACCUGGGCGACCACGCCGCCGUCCGCGCCGUCGCAAAGAAGUUCCACUGGCAGCGCAAGUCCCUGUCGAGCAUCAUCAACGUGCUCGCCAUGGCCCUCUACAGUCUCUUUGCCGCCGACUCGCGCGAGCUGCGCGCCCUGCGCAUCGGCUGCUUCGGCUACUUCCAGAAGGGCAUCACCGAAGAGCCCACGGGCCUGCUGGGCGGGCUGAUCCGCAGGCCGUGGGUGCUCUUCCGCCACUUCUUCACCGUCGCGUUCCUUGCCAUUUACCUGAAUGCCUGCGACGUCAUGGGGAGCGGCGGCGUCCUGGGCAUCCUCAAGCUCCCUGUGGCCAUCAUCGAGGGCUUCCUGAUUCUUUGGAAGGCUUGUGUGGUGUUCCUGCCCAUCUUGUACCAGGAGGCCUUGUGA